AUGGCCGCCGCUGCGAAGCCGACAAAGAAUCAGCUCAGACGCGCAAAGAAAAAGGCUCAAAAGGCGCAGGUUAGUACCCUGCCUAGCAGUACCUCUUCCAGGACUGACUGUCUUCAGGCAACCACAGAAUCAACACAACAGAAUCCUUCCCAGGAUGGCGCGCCGGAACCUCUAGAACCUGCAACAAAUGGAGACAAGGUCAAGUUAGAAAGCAGUCGAAAUGUCUCCGCUCUCACAGAUCCCCUUGUCCUCGACGAGGAUAAUCCUCUAUUCGAGAUCUUCAAAGACGUCAUGGGACGGUUCGAGGAACCCGACAAAGCAGAUCCGUCUUUAAAGCAGCCCGAUAAACCUGAAGUGUAUUUCGAUGACGACGAUGACAUCCCGGACGAGGAGGAAGAACUCGCCGCGCCCAAGAUGUCCAAGAAGAAGCGCAAGGAAAUGACCCAGCUCUCCGUCGCCGAGUUGAAAGCACUUGUCAAGAGGCCGGAAUUGGUGGAGUGGACAGACACAUCUGCGCCAGACCCCAAGCUCUUGGUACAUCUCAGGGCAUACAGAAAUGUUGUCCCUGUUCCAAACCAUUGGUCUUUGAAACGCGAAUACUUGUCAUCCAAGCGUGGAAUUGAGAAGCCUCCCUUCGCCCUACCCAAGUUCAUCCAAGAGACUGGUAUUGCAGAAAUGCGGGAUGCAGUCCUCGAGAAGCAAGAUCAGCAGAGUCUAAGACAAAAGCAAAGAGAGCGCGUUCAGGGAAAGAUGGGAAAACUUGAUAUCGACUAUCAAAAACUUUACGAAGCUUUCUUCCGAUUCCAGACCAAACCAGAGUUGACAAGAUAUGGCGAAGUCUAUUAUGAAGGCAAAGAGUUUGAAACCAAUCUUCGACAUUUGCGACCGGGUGACCUCUCGGAUGAACUCAAGGAGGCGCUGAACAUGCCCCCAGGUGCACCACCACCAUGGCUCAUUAACCAACAAAGAUACGGACCUCCACCGUCUUAUCCAUCUCUCAAAGUUCCAGGGGUAAAUGCACCACCGCCUCCAGGUGCAAGUUGGGGAUUUGCUCCUGGUCAAUGGGGUAAACCUCCAGUUGACGAAGCAACCAACCGGCCGCUUUACGGUGGUGAUAUCUUUGGCGUUCUGCAGCAACAACAAAACACCCAACAAGGAGAGCCGAUCGAAAAGGACCUGUGGGGUGAACUCCAACCACAGGAAGAAUCUGAAGCAGAGUCUGAAGAUGAGGAGGAGGAAGAGGAGGAAGCCGACUCCGAUGACGAGGGUGCCGGCGCAGACCAUGGUGGCCUCGAAACCCCAAGUGGCCUCACUUCUUCAGUUCCUACUGAGAUUGGUGGAACCGAGACUGUGUCCGAGUUCGACCUUCGGAAACGUCGUGGAAAUGAUACUGAAGAAACUGGUCAUCCGCGGUCUGCUUACCAAGUGAUCCCCGAAAGGCAAACCCGUGUGGAAGGGUUUUUUGGUGGUGACCGUGCAUAUGAUCUGAAGGGUGCUCAACAAAAUGCCAACAAUCUCCCAGUCCUGGGUCAGGAUGACACACGGAAACGGAAAAAGCCAGGUGAUGUCGAUGUUUCGAUGGACCCAGACGCUUUGGCCGCAAGGGAUGGCAUGGACAAGGCUGAUCUCCAGAAAGCAUACGAUGCACAGCGUAAAGCUGAACAAAACCCUGGUUGGGAUUUCCAGGAAGACUUGUCCGAGAUGAUUGCCUCGGAAAGUCGGAAGAGACAGAAGCGAGAUGAGGAAAAGAGAUCUAAACGAUGA